AUGUUAAAUAUCAAGAUCCCCCAUAGCUCUUCAGUUAUAACAAAAUGUGCCAGAUAUAUAUCGCAAUUCCGGAUACCAUUGACCGACUGUCGGAAUGCCAUGCCGGAGCGAAAGGUGAUCGACCCAAAAGCGUGCGUGAAGCGAGACCGCGGGCUUGUGCUGGGCGUGUACUACAAUGAGAACGUGACCGGCGAGCGCGCCAUCCUCACCGCCGCCGCCGCCAAGUACAACAAGGAUAACGGCGGCAAACUGUGGAAGCUGCUGGAGCUCUCCCCCAUCCCCAAACUCGGUGAGGCCAGGGUAUUCUUCGACGUAGACCCUAAAUAUGCUUUCGUGGCCGUUGCAGGACUCGGAACGGAAUGCUAUACAUACAACACGGUGGAACGGCUGGACGAACACAAGGAGGCCAUCCGCACUGCCGCCGGCGUCGGCGCUCGUGCGCUGCAGGAACUGCACCCGGCUCACAUCGACGUGGAGUCGUUCGGCAACGCGGAAGCGGCGGCCGAGGGCGCCGAGCUCGCCGUCUGGCAGUUCACCGAAUACAGAACACGAUUACUUGGUACCCGUGGCAAAGUGAAACUGCACCUUUACGACGACUGCGACUUCGAAGGUUGGGAAAUAGGGAGAAUUAAAGCAGAUUCCCAGAAUUUAGCCAGAUAUUUAGAAGAGUUGCCGGCGAAUGUCCUUAAUCCGACAUCAUUUGCCAAAUUAAUCGUAGAUCUUCUGUGCGAGCUGGAUAUAAAUGUGCACGUGAAGACGCGAGGGUGGGCUUCUGCUCAUGAGAUGGGCGGAUUUGUCACUCUAAGCCAUUCCUCCGUACAGCCGCCGCUCUACGUGGAGAUCGGGUACUUCGGCGGGAACCCGUGUAAGCAGCCGGUGGUGUUCAUAGGCAAAGGAGUGACCUUCGACAGCGGUGGUAUACAGUUAAGAUCGCGGGAGCACCUGCGAUAUAUGAAAGGCGACAUGGCCGGGGCGGCGUGUGUGGUGGCGAUUGUUCGCGCGGCCGCUUUAUUAAAACUGCCCAUCAAUAUAAGGGGUAUACUACCGCUUUGCGAGAUGAUGCCGAAUUGCAUGAGUCCGAAAUUCGGAGAUGUCAUUUCCAACGCUCAUGAAAAGAGUGUGAAGAUUCGUAUGCCGGCACGAGAAGGAAGGCUGCUUAUCGCGGACAGCUUGGCGUACGCUAGGAACUAUUGGCCGGAAUUUAUAGUCGAUGUAGGCACAAUGUCGGAAGAAUUGGAGCACGCGCUCGGAAACGCGGCUUGUGCAUGCUACUCGAACUCCGAAGACUUGUUUCGCGAUUUCGAGGUAGCCGGCAGCAGGACCGGCGAUAGGAUAUGGCGAAUGCCGCUGUGGAACUUCUAUGCGGACCGAAUAAGCGACGUGCAGGAGACGGAUCUGGCGAACACGGCGCGGCACUUCUUCGGCGACUCUCCGAACUGCGCCGCGUUUCUGCGGCAGUUCGUGUGCGAUGGCAAGUGGGUCCACCUCGACACGUACAACGUCACGUACACGAAGGGCCGCGACUUCAAGUACCUGCGGCGCGGCAUGACGGGUCGCCCUACACGAACCAUUAUCGACCUUCUUCAGCUAAGAUUAUGUGCUAGCGGGGAACUAUAACGGAUUCGCUGUCGAUGCUUGACUAAUUACUGCAAAACGAGUCGCUUUGUACCUAUGCAUACAGUCGCCAUCAGAUAUAUCGGAGCCGCCGAAGUGCUCAAAAAUAUCUGAACACGCACUCUAACGCCUUGAUAAUAGACACGUGUUCAGAUAUUUGUGGGCACCUUGGCCGCUCCGAUGGCGACUGUACAAAAUAACCAGUAUAGCAUCGUCGACCACAGUAAGAGUUUCUUAAAAGAAAUAUCUUAAAAGUCAUAUCUAUUAUACUAAACACUUCUGAAAACAUCGACACGAUCGAAGGGCUAGAAAUACUAUACACAACUUUAUGGCCCAUGUAUUGGGGUAGUGUAUACAUAUAUUUGGCACUUUGUCCGUAUCGAUAUUUUCAGACGUGACCGUACUUAGCAGACAUCUGACGUGUCAUCAUAAUGACAUGGGGAUCUAUAAAUAUAUGUAUUUGGUUAUAUUAAAUACUAUAAAAUUGUUGUAUUAAAGGAAGAUAGGUUGACAGGUAACCUUGGCAAUGAGUAACGUAAAGUGUUAACUGACCAAUUAGCAGAAAAAAAAAACCAAUAUAAUAAAAAUUGCAACGAUAUGUUUAGAAGGGUAUCUAAAUAUACCUACUCCCUUUUUUUCAAAAUGAUCAUGUUGUAAAAUCAUAAAUGCAAAACAAUAAUAAGGUGAAAAAUAAUACUAAAUUUUUGACUUUAACUUUUUAACAAGAAAAGUUACAUGUAAAAAUAUUUUGCAAGUAUGAAGUGGGCAUGAUUGAAUAAAUAAAAAUACUUAUUUAUAUAAAAAAUUAAAUAAUACUUGUUACUAUGCAAUUACGCCAAAUGUAUUGAACCCAUCUCCGUAUGACUAUCAAGACUUUAACGUGAUUGUCUUGUAUGUGGAAAUUUAUGUAUAAGGAAACAAACGAUUUUUUUUUCAGUUAAUAAAACAUGGAAGUCCA